AUGAUGAUCCCCCAUUUUGGGGAGUCCAUAGCGUUGGGUUACUGUCGAAGAACCGGCUUCCGCGGUCGUAUCGAAUCUCCACGCAAGAACGCCAAAGAUUUCAUCGCGGAUUCAAUGUCGCCCGCGGGGCGCCGCCGAGCGUUCAAGGCGGACAGAGAUCUGUACGCGGCGGCCCUGAGCCGUUUCGUGUCGAAAUCGGACCUCAAUACUGUCUCUCCGGGGGAUAUGCUGCGCAUGGCCGGCCCCGUGCCCAAAGGCGACGACGGCGCCUCGUCUGAUGAAUCACACGAAGAGGCCGAUAGCGAGCUGCAGGACAUCGAGGAACAGCGCCAGUGCGGGCUGAAGUUCGCGUCUAUGCUGGCAAAGGAAAAGCAGCUUGCACUCGAAGCCGAUUUCCACGACAGUGAGGGCUGGCCGGCCUAA